AUGGCGGGUGGAGCUUUUGACUCAUCUGUAGGAGGAGCAAAAGGGAAGAAGGAAUACCCUGGAGAGCUUACGGGUUUUCUUCUUUUUACUUGUCUUAUUGCUGCUUGUGGUGGACUCAUAUUCGGAUACGAUAUCGGUAUCUCUGGUGGAGUUACUGCUAUGACACCGUUCCUGCAGAAGUUCUUCCCAAAAGUUUAUCGACAGGAAAUUGGUGUUGAUUCAGCUAAUCAAUACUGCAAAUUUAACAGCAUACCGUUAACUUUCUUUACAUCGUCUUUAUAUUUAGCAGCUUUGCUAGCAUCACUUGGUGCCUCGUGGGCAACAAAGAAGUUUGGACGCAAAAUAGUUAUGUUUACUGGAGGUUCAGUUUUUCUUCUUGGUGCUGUCCUCAAUGGUUUUGCCCAGGAUCUUGCAAUGCUUAUUAUCGGACGUAUUUUGCUCGGUAUCGGUGUUGGUUGUGCUACUCAGUCUGUACCGCUAUACCUUUCGGAGAUGGCGCCAUAUAAGUACAGAGGAGCACUUAACAGUUGCUUUCAACUGAUGAUUACGGUUGGAAUUUUCCUGGCCAAUUUAGUAAAUUUCUUUACAAACAAGAUGACAGAUGGUCCGGUCCAGGGGUGGAGAGUUAGUUUGGGAUUAGCAGUUGUGCCUGCACUUAUAAUGACAGUUGGUGGAUUUUUCUUACCCGAUACACCUAAUUCCUUCAUCAGUCGAAACCAACCAGAGGAAGCAAAGAAACAGCUUCAGCGCAUUCGUGGUUCCGUUAAUAUUGAUGAAGAAUUCAACGAUUUAGUUGCUGCGGGUCACGAAUCUCAGAAGUAUGAAGGCCAGUGGAACAAUCUGAUACAGAGAAGAUACAGACCUCAUCUAUGUUUGGCCAUACUUAUCCCAUUCUUCCAACAAUUUACUGGUAUCAAUGUGGUUAUGUUUUACGCACCAGUUCUCUUUACAACUCUGGGUUUUGGUAGCAGUGCCUCGCUCUUGUCUGCUAUGAUUACCGGUGGGGUUAAUCUAUUUGCUACAUUUUUUGCAAUCUAUUUUGUGGACAAAUGGGGAAGAAGGGUUUUGUUUCUUGAGGGUGGUUGCCAAAUGUUCAUCUUUCAGGUUCUUAUAGGUGUUUUGAUAUGGAUUAAAUUCGGAACUACGGGUAUUGCAACUAUAUCUUCCGGGUAUGGAAUUCUCGUUGUUCUCUGCAUUUGUGCAUUUGUGGCAGGAUUCGCAUGGUCCUGGGCUCCUCUAGCAUGGUUAGUACCUAGUGAGAUAUUCCCACUUGAGAUCAGAUCAGCAGCUCAAAGUGUUGUCGUCAUGGUGAACAUGUUCUGCACGUUCUUAAUUGCUCAGAUCUUUUUGAUCAUGUUAUGCCAUAUGAAGUUCGGAUUAUUCUUCUUUUUUGGUGGUAUGGUGGCCAUCAUGACUGUUUUCAUCUACUUCUUUGUACCUGAGACCAAAGGAAUCCCAAUCGAAGAGGUGUCCCAAGUAUUGAAAAAUCACUGGUAUUGGGGAAGAUUUAUCACUCAAGAUAUCGAGUUGGAGAACAAGCGCAAAACUUUGAAUACUUGAUCAAAAACAAAGACACGGGAUGCAGUGAAG